AUGGGCGUUUCAUCUGACAGCCAAUCCGUCUUCAUUAGGCUAGCUGCUUCUGAGUUGCCGCUCUUGACAUCAGAGAGGCGGAGGAAAGCCCCUGCACUUCACAUUUUACUUCCUGCUGCCGCGGCUUCCUCUUCUCUUUUAGGUAUCGUCUUGGCCGCAUUUAUUCUCUGGAAACGUCGAAGACUGUGGAAGAAGAGUGCGGAAGAGGAUGUGCCGAUCUCUCUCAAAGCGUUCACUUACAAAGAGCUGGGAAUCGCAACCGAAAAUUUCAAGCAUAAGCUGGGAAGCGGUGCAUUCGGCUCUGUGUUCAAAGGUACUCUGUCAGACAAGAUGCUUGUGGCGGUUAAAAGAUUAGAAGGUUCUACAAAAGCAGAAAAACAAUUCUGUGCGGAAAUAAAUAUCAUUGGGAAAAUACAGCAUGUGAAUUUGGUAAGGCUCUAUGGAUUCUGUGUCGAAGGCUCUCGAAGGCUACCGGUGUAUGCCUACAUGCCCAAUGGCUCUCUAAAUUCUUCUCUUUUCUAUGAAGAGGGAGAAGCAGGUAAGGUGUUGGAUUGGAAGACCCGUUUUGAGAUCGCACUGGGCACUGCACGAGGAUUAGUUUAUCUCCACGAGGAAUGCAAGGAUUGUAUCAUUCACUGUGAUAUAAAACCUGAAAACAUUCUUUUGGACGGUGACUUCAGCCCGCAGAUAGCUGAUUUUGGUUUGGCAAAGUUGGUAGGCAGAGAUUUCAGUCGUGUAUUGACGACCACAAGAGAAACUCGAGGGUACUUGGCCCCCGAGUGGAUCUCCGGCCUUCCUAUCACUUCCAAGGUGGACGUAUACAGUUUUGGCAUGACGUUCCCGGAAAUUUUAUCCGGUCGCAGAAAUCUGGACUUGAAGGUGGAGGAGAGCAGAUUAAUAGCAAGUGAGGCGAAUAUCGAAGAGUUGAGAAGAGCAGCGGUGGUGGCGGCGCUGUGCAUUCAAGAUGAUGAAGAUAGGAGGCCAAGCAAGGGUGAAGUGGUGAGGAUAUUAGAGGGGACGAUGGAGGCUCCUGCACCAGAAAUUUCAAGGUCCCUACAGGUCCUGGUAGAUCAAGUAGAAGACAACGACACUGCUUAA